GGAAGGACUGGAAGGAAAAAGAGACAGGUUAGAGGGAAAGAGGCUUGGGAAGAAAACAGCAGAAAAGAAACUGCUCAUUAUACUUACAGAGAGGCAAGUAACGGUGGAGAUGAGGACAGAGGGAACCAAGACUCUGAAAGACAAAAAAUACAAAUAGAGCGAAAGAGGAAAAAAAUGUCAAGAAGAACAUCCAUCCGGAGAAAUGAAGAUAAUGAAAGUUUUAAGCUGCAGAGCCGUUCUGUGCUUUUCCGGCACAAAAUUAUGUCGCUGGUUUUAAGCCCUUUUGCAUUUGCCAGCCGUUGACAUUAAGAGGCAUGUUUAACGGUGCCAACAGCAUCUCCUUUUCCUUCUCCUCUUCCUCUUCUUCUUCUUCCUCCUCCUCCUCCUCCUCUUUUUCCUCCUCCUCAUUCUCCUCCCAUCAGCAAGAAGACAAACCGAGGACAGUCUUGAAAUAUCGAAAUUUCCUCUUUGGGAUUUGCCAGAGCCGCGUUGCGCCAAGACUGUCGGAAUAAAGGACGCUGACUAUUGUAUUAUCGUUAUUUUAUUAAUUGGUCAGUGGAAAGAUUACAGAUGAGGAAAGGGGACGCCUGUCACCCUUCCUGUGCUUAGAUUUAAAAAAAUGAGGCUGGAUUGCGGGAAGCUCUAGAAUGAAGCAAAAGGAGUAAGAUUUUUAAAGACAGAAAGCCACAGGAGCCCCCACGUAGCUCACUUUUAUUUGUAUUUUUUCAGAUUUUUUUUUUUUUCGUGGUGGUGGGGGAGGUGAUUGGGUGGCUGACUGGCUGCGGGAAGCUACUUCCUUUCCUUUUGGAGAUGAUUGUGCUAUUAUUGUUUGCCUUGCUCUGGAUGGUGGAAGGAGUCUUUUCCCAGCUUCACUACACGGUACAGGAGGAGCAGGAACAUGGCACUUUCGUGGGGAAUAUCGCUGAAGAUCUGGGUCUGGACAUUACAAAACUUUCAGCUCGCGGGUUUCAGACGGUGCCCAACUCAAGGACCCCGUACUUAGACCUCAACCUGGAGACAGGGGUGCUGUACGUGAACGAGAAAAUAGACCGCGAACAAAUCUGCAAACAGAGCCCCUCCUGUGUUCUGCACCUGGAGGUCUUUCUGGAGAACCCCCUGGAGCUGUUCCAGGUGGAGAUCGAGGUGCUGGACAUUAAUGACAACCCCCCCUCUUUCCCGGAGCCAGACCUGACGGUGGAAAUCUCUGAGAGCGCCACGCCAGGCACUCGCUUCCCCUUGGAGAGCGCAUUCGACCCAGACGUGGGCACCAACUCCUUGCGCGACUACGAGAUCACCCCCAACAGCUACUUCUCCCUGGACGUGCAGACCCAGGGGGAUGGCAACCGAUUCGCUGAGCUGGUGCUGGAGAAGCCACUGGACCGAGAGCAGCAAGCGGUGCACCGCUACGUGCUGACCGCGGUGGACGGGGGAGGUGGGGGAGGAGUAGGAGAAGGAGGGGGAGUUGGCGGGGGAGCAGGCCUGCCCCCCCAGCAGCAGCGCACCGGCACGGCCCUACUCACCAUCCGAGUGCUGGACUCCAAUGACAAUGUGCCCGCUUUCGACCAACCCGUCUACACUGUGUCUCUACCAGAGAACUCUCCCCCAGGCACUCUCGUGAUCCAGCUCAACGCCACCGACCCGGACGAGGGCCAGAACGGUGAGGUCGUGUACUCCUUCAGUAGCCACAUUUCGCCCCGGGCGCGGGAGCUUUUCGGACUCUCGCCGCGCACUGGCAGACUGGAGGUAAGCGGCGAGUUGGACUAUGAAGAGAGCCCAGUAUACCAAGUGUACGUGCAAGCCAAGGACCUGGGCCCCAACGCCGUGCCUGCGCACUGCAAGGUGCUAGUGCGAGUACUGGAUGCUAACGACAACGCGCCAGAGAUCAGCUUCAGCACCGUGAAGGAGGCGGUGAGCGAGGGCGCGGCGCCCGGCACUGUGGUGGCCCUUUUCAGCGUGACUGACCGCGACUCAGAGGAGAAUGGGCAGGUGCAGUGUGAGCUACUGGGAGACGUGCCUUUCCGCCUCAAGUCUUCCUUUAAGAAUUACUACACCAUCGUUACCGAAGCCCCCCUGGACCGAGAGGCGGGGGACUCCUACACCCUGACCGUAGUGGCCCGGGACCGGGGCGAGCCUGCGCUCUCCACCAGUAAGUCGAUCCAGGUACAAGUGUCGGAUGUGAACGACAACGCGCCGCGUUUCAGCCAGCCGGUCUACGACGUGUAUGUGACUGAGAACAACGUGCCUGGCGCCUACAUCUACGCGGUGAGCGCCACCGACCGCGAUGAGGGCGCCAACGCCCAGCUUGCUUACUCUAUCCUCGAGUGCCAGAUCCAGGGCAUGAGCGUCUUCACCUACGUUUCUAUCAACUCUGAGAACGGCUACUUGUACGCCCUGCGCUCCUUCGACUAUGAGCAGCUCAAGGACUUCAGUUUUCAGGUGGAAGCCCGGGACGCUGGCAGCCCCCAGGCGCUGGCUGGUAACGCCACUGUCAACAUCCUCAUAGUGGAUCAAAAUGACAACGCCCCUGCCAUCGUGGCGCCUCUACCAGGACGCAACGGGACUCCAGCGCGUGAGGUGCUGCCCCGCUCGGCGGAGCCGGGUUACCUGCUCACCCGCGUGGCCGCCGUGGACGCGGACGACGGCGAGAACGCCCGGCUCACUUACAGCAUCGUGCGUGGCAACGAAAUGAACCUCUUUCGCAUGGACUGGCGCACCGGAGAGCUGCGCACAGCACGCCGAGUCCCGGCCAAGCGCGACCCCCAGCGGCCUUAUGAGCUGGUGAUCGAGGUGCGCGACCAUGGGCAGCCGCCCCUGUCCUCUACCGCCACCCUGGUGGUUCAGCUGGUGGAUGGCGCCGUGGAGCCCCAGGGCGGGGGAGGGAGCGGAGGCGGAGGGUCAGGAGAGCACCAGCGCCCCAGCCGCUCUGGCGGAGGGGAAACCUCGCUAGACCUCACCCUCAUCCUCAUCAUCGCGUUGGGCUCGGUGUCCUUCAUCUUCCUGCUGGCCAUGAUCGUGCUGGCCGUGCGUUGUCAAAAAGAGAAGAAGCUCAACAUCUACACUUGUUUGGCCAGCGAUUGCUGUCUCUGCUGCUGCUGCUGCGGUGGCGGAGGUUCGACCUGCUGUGGCCGCCAAGCCCGGGCGCGCAAGAAGAAACUCAGCAAGUCGGACAUCAUGCUGGUGCAGAGCUCCAAUGUACCCAGUAACCCGGCCCAGGUGCCGGUGGAGGAGUCCGGGGGCUUUGGCUCCCACCACCACAACCAGAAUUACUGCUACCAGGUAUGCCUGACCCCUGAGUCCGCCAAGACCGACCUGAUGUUUCUUAAGCCCUGCAGCCCUUCGCGGAGUACAGACACUGAGCACAACCCCUGCGGGGCCAUCGUCACCGGUUACACCGACCAGCAGCCUGAUAUCAUCUCCAACGGAAGCAUUUUGUCCAACGAGACUAAACACCAGCGAGCAGAGCUCAGCUAUCUAGUUGACAGACCUCGCCGAGUUAACAGUUCUGCGUUCCAGGAAGCCGACAUAGUAAGCUCUAAGGACAGUGGUCAUGGAGACAGUGAACAGGGAGAUAGUGAUCAUGAUGCCACCAACCGUGCCCAGUCAGCUGGUAUGGAUCUCUUCUCCAAUUGCACUGAGGAAUGUAAAGCUUUGGGCCACUCAGAUCGGUGCUGGAUGCCUUCUUUUGUCCCUUCUGAUGGACGCCAGGCUGCUGAUUAUCGCAGCAAUCUGCAUGUUCCCGGCAUGGACUCUGUUCCAGACACUGAAGUGUUUGAAACUCCAGAAGCCCAGCCUGGGGCAGAGCGGUCCUUCUCCACCUUUGGCAAAGAGAAGGCCCUUCACAGCACUUUGGAGAGGAAGGAGCUGGAUGGACUGCUGUCUAAUACGCGAGCGCCUUACAAACCACCAUAUUUGACACGGAAAAGGAUAUGCUAGUCAAUUCUACAGGACUUACCUGAAGCAGCAUGAUUUGCACAAAGUCGACCAACAAAAGCAUCAACUUUUCAACUUCAUUAUCUUGGCCAUCCAGUUAGUCAUGUGUAACUGAGUAUUAGAUUUCGGGCGGAGUCAUCAUGGCCGAUUAUAGGACCUAAUUGCUCUCAGCAGGCCUGAGAAAUGAGUUGAAAUGUGCAGAACUGUAGAAACUUUAGAGGCAACUGAUUUUGCCUCCCCGAUCAGUGUGUGCCUGUUUACAGCACUAUCUAUCUUUCUCUCUCCAAAUGUCACUGAGCCCUUUAGAUGUUUAUAUUCACCACGAGAAGCCAGUCGUAAAGAUAAAGGAAAUUUGUGCAUUAUAAAUGCAAUAUCACUGUUUUAAACUUGACUGUUUUAUAUUAUUUUUGUGUGAUCAAGUGUUCCCCAAACUAUUCCAACUUUACAAGAGAAAUUGUGAUUAUGUUCUUUUCACCUGUGGGUUAUAAAAAAUGUUGUAUUCUGAAGGCCCACAAAAUAUCAAAGACAUUCUGUAGUUUAUACACCGUGUUGCAAAGUGUUUACUGUACUAUUUCAAAGCUUCUAAAUAAAUAUAAAAUAUAUAUAUUAUAUUAUAUAAUUUUCCUAAAAUGUGGUACAACUCAGUUGGUUUUUAAAUGGAUGCAUACAGUCCACAUCAUACAAUAAAAUAAAAGGUAAUUCAGGGUCCCAAAGACAAACUUACUAAGAAAAAAUCAUUAAUAGUUUUCUCCCAAUUUUCAUCUUACUCAACCCUGUUUUUCCUUGUUUAAAAGAAAAUGAUGCUCUAAGCUACAAAAUUUUGUCAAAAACUCAUAUUGAAUUUUCAAUGCCAAAGAUGUAGCUAUUGAUGUUAUCAGACAGAGCACUGACUAUGUACUAUCAAGCUAUCUAACAAUCUGCAUAAGUCUGAUUCUAUUUCUAUGGCUUUGAAUUUAGAAUCACUUAAAGCUUUUAUAAAAAAUCGAUAAAUUCACCUGUAUUUGUUGUUAGAAAAAAACUGGGUGUCUGUACAUUUUGUGAUGUAAAAUAUGUAAUUGAAGAUUACUAUUUUAAGAAGUCAUCAGUCAUAUCACUCACACAGAAUUUUAUUUUACAUAGUUUUACAUAGUUUUGUGACUUAAUUACACAUGAAUAUAAAAUCUACAACUCUAUAUGAAUAUAUAGAGAUAUAGAAACAUCUGAACUGGUAAAGAAUAACUAUAAAAUAUGAAAGAUCUCUAAAUUUAAAAUAAAUUUAGAGAUAGAAUCAUGGUACAUUAUUGUUUCAGUAUUCCAUGUGAAAAUUUUAUAGCUUAAAUGUAGUCAGUGUUUGAUUAAUGAAAAAAUUCUUCAUGAGUCAGCCUUCAAAAGUUAAGCUUGCCUUUUACUUUUAUGUCAACAAUAUUAAUUAUUAAAUUUAGUAAGAUGCACUUUCCUUUCUUUUAUAUAUUUUUUCUACUGUUGUUUAUGGCUUGUUAGAACACAUUCGAGAGAGGAAAAAAAAUCAGAGAAUAUAAGAUAAUCUUUCAAGCAAAAAGCAGAAUUGUCACAGCUCCCCUCACCCUCUAAAACAUUAUAUCAAACCUUCAACAUUAUAUCAAAAUGUUUGCCCAGUUCAAAUUAGAAACCUGUUUUGAAAUACUUUCCUUCAUUUUUAACUGAUCGUAUAUUCAAUGACAGUUUGAGCUGCACUGUAUUAUUAAAGAAUAGACUAAAACUUAACAUUUGACAAAUGUUCUUCACCAAAUUUUAUGUAACCUAAGUGGGAAUUUUUCCCUAGAUUUAACUUUAAAAUACAUAUAUAUAUACACACACACACACUUAGGUCCUGAUAUGUACAUUUAGAGUGAUAUAUUGGUAUCACUCAUUUGACUGUUAUCAAAUUAGAUAUUAAUAUAUCAUAUUCCAAUCAGUUUGUAUAUCAAAAUAAUGUAUGUAAUGUUUCAGCCUUUCGAAGUCUCUUUAAACAUAUAUGAAGCUAACAGAUCAUAUGUAAUACAAAAAGCACACAAAUUCACUAAGUGCAGCAGUAACGUUUUCUUAAACUUUGGCAUUACUACAUUAAUAUUUUGAAUGAUAGAUAGACUAUUUUAGUAAGGAAAUGUUUAUACAUAAUUUAACUGGAAAACGUCUGUUUGUUCCAAUUCUUUUUUUAACAAGAAAAUGAUUUUCUUGUUGAGUCACUCUGCUUUAAUUAAAAUGUUUCACGCAUCAUUUUGCAAUCAUGGGUGAAUAUCCACAUCCAUCUUCCUUACUGCAUGCAUUGAAAAUAAGAUUAUACUCACUUCAUGUAUAGUAAUUAUAUUAAGUCAUUUACUUCAAAGACAUUUUCUUUAAUUAUUUAACCUUUUAUAUCAUUGUAGAUAAUCUCCCUUGAACCAACUUUUUAUAUUAUAUAUUUGUGUAUUAGUUAUUUUCAUAUAUCCUAGUAACUAGUUAUACUAACUUACAUUUUAGUUCUUAAAUUAUAUCAUUAAUCUACAAAACCAAAACCAGAACUUCUUCCUAAUUUGGGGGACAAAUAGAAUUGUUUAAGGAUAAAAUGCUAAAUUAUUAAGUCAUUAAUCAAUUAUCUGUUGCAUCCAAAGUAAAUUAGAAGUUAUAACAGAGUAAGGAAAUGAUUCUGGUAAGUUGGUUAAAAGGUUUUCUUCCAAUGAGGGGGACUAUAAAAUGGAAAGUGCAACCAACAAAUAAUGAAGGUUUCUAAUUAAGCAUUUACUAGCUUAAUAUAUCAAGGAAUUUUAGAAUAGGCUUUCUAUUUAAUCUGGUCAUUCUAAUAUCCAAUCUUACAUAAUUUUAUACACAUCAAAGAAUAAUAUCCAUCGUAUUAGACAGUAUUUCGUCAAUAAAUUAUUUCAGAAAAAAAUAAUCAUGUCAUUUACUCAUUGUUAACAUGGUUAGUUUUAGAGCAGUCAAAGUCAAAAAAAAUUUCCUGUGGAAACAGUGUCUUAAUGUUUCAAAGGUAUGUCAAAAGACAAUUUUUAGAAAAUAUUUCAUCCACAUGUAGAAUUCUAAUUUUUAACGUGUGAACAUAGUUUGGUGAAAUCAUCUUAAAUCAAAUUUAAAUAUCACAUCAGAAUUACUUCACAGAUAUAAUAGUGUCAAUGAUAUGUGUAUCAUCUUUUCUUGGCAAAUAUUAAGGAAAUAUGUGUAUUUUAUUUUAUAAAGAUAUUAAAUGCACUGCCUUUAUCAAACAUUGCAAAUUAAGAACUAUAGUAGAAUAUUUAAAUAUUUUAAUUUCUCAUUGUUUUAUUUGUUAAUUGGGUUGUAAUUUGCCAUCAGAUUCUCUGUAUUAUAGAAGCUAUCUUGCUUCUUCAAUAAGAGGAGGAAAAAGAAUCUCACAAUUCCCAACAUAAUCUUUAACAACUGUACAUUAGUUGUACCAUUUUCUCUUCUAAACAUUAUUUACUGGAGCUCAGUUAAUCUUUAAAACAAUUACUCAGGCAGAGUAUGGCAAAAGUUUAGCAAGAUCAAGAAAAGUAUUUAAGUUAUUGACUGAUCAUAGCACUGUUAUUUGUCAUUGCAUGUGUUUUUCCCCCUCAUAUUUUUAUGUGUGCUAUUGAUACCCAAGGAACUCAAAAAUACUUAAAAUAUUGGUAUACUUGAUGAUUUUUCUGAAAAUCUUAUAUUUUUCAUGUUACAAAUUCUUGAGUUCUUUAUCUUUUUCAAGUCUAAUUUUGUAGUGGUAAAGGCUUUGCACUUAACAUCCUUUUAUGUUCCUUUUUAACAAGGAAAAACAGAAAAUAAUGGAAUUCCAUAUUUUUUACAUCAUGGAGUAGUAAAAUUAUUUUAUAUAUUGUUAGUACUUCAAGAAACAUCCCUCUGCUAAGUCAGACAAAAUCCUUAUACAGUAAUUUGUGAAACUGUUCAGUAGAGUAUUUUUUUCCUCAAAUCUUGGCAUAGGUUUUAGAUUAUAGCAUUCUGUAUGAAUGCAGGUAGAUGGGUGCCGCCAGAGUAUUGCAGGCAAUAAUACGACUAAAAUUCUAAUACUUUUAGUGUGCAUGCAUGUAUUUCUAAUCACUGUUAUUUUUUAAGUAUUUGUAAAAUUAGAAAAAUUGCUUUUAUUUCUUGAAAAGUUGUCACAUGCUUAGUUUGAAGUUUUACUCUCCAGAUGUUUUUGAGUUGCAUAAAAAUCUUGCAUUCAUCAUUCAAAAAAUAUUAAAUUUCACAUGAGACUCAAAAAUUUCUGAAUGAUGGAACUCAGACUUCCAAUACAUUCAUACAUGCUAGAGCUGAAAGUAAGCAGGGAAUUUCAGCUCUAAACACAUUUUUGAGACAGUUAUCUGUGAGUGAAAACAGGGUAUUAUAACAAAAGAUGAGUUUCAAUCUUAACUAUAGUGUUUGUUACUGUGAAUGCUAUAAUAAUACAUAAGUAAAAUGAGUGUAAAUGUAAUAAAUGAUUUUAUACUGCUGUAUACAUAUGAAAUAAAUAAAACUAGGAUACAUAUUAUGCCAUUUUUCCAUGCAUGGAUCUUCCACUGACGCCUGUGGGAGCUUUGAAUAAAAAUCAGUGGCAAAUAUGGCUCUAAGUUUAAAAACAUCUAAUGCUGAUUUAGUAAUUUUAGUCUUAAUAUAACAGGUCUAAGGGGACAUCUGUUCAAAACUGAGUCUCAUUUGCAGCAGCAUAUGCUAGGUUUUAAAGGAUUUCACUAUAUUUAUAGUUUUGAAAGUAGACAUUUAGUUGUAUAUGAUUCUCAUGAUACCCAAAAUGAAUCAUAGAAGUAUAUAUUUUUCCACCUAAUGCUGUAUUUACUUUUUAACUUUUUUUUGAUGUAUAGUAAUACCAAGGGUCCACAAAGAUUAACAUAGAGGUUGUACAUAAGAUAUGAGCGCCUUCAAGCAAUAAAAGAAAGGGAUUUUACCUAAAACUUUAGAAA